CCGACCCGUGCAGACACCUUGUUUGAGUGUAGCAUUAAAAACAAAGAAAACUGCGUAAAAGAGUUACGAAGUGUGAAAAAAUUCGUUUUGCUGUGUUUUCUUCGUGCCAGUCGUUAACAAAAGAGUGUUUGCUUCAACUUUAACCCGUAGUUUGCAUUAAAAACAGUACACGCGCACGAUGCUCGAUCUCGAAGUUACUCCAGAGCGUUCGCUCGGUUCGACCACCGAGAAUUGGGAAUUUGUUCUCGGAAUGCAUUUUUCUCAAGCCGUUGCCAUCAUACAGUCGCAAGUAGGAAUUAUUAAGGGGGUGCAGGUGCUUUAUUCUGACACGGAUCCGCUUAACGUAGACAUUAUUAUAAAUAUGCCCCAGGACGGUAUCCGUCUAAUAUUCGACCCGAUUCAGCAGCGGCUAAAGACGAUCGAGGUGUUCAACAUGAAGCUAGUCAAGCUAAAGUACUGCUCUAUGCCCUUCAACUCGCCCGAGGUUGUGCCAUCGAUCGAGGAAAUCGAACAUUCGUUCGGUGCGACCCAUCCGGGCGUGUAUGAUGCGGCCAAGCAGCUAUUUACGCUACAUUUCCGAGGGUUAAGCUUCUACUUCCCGGUGGACAGUAAGCUGCAGCCCGGUUACGCACAUGGGCUCGGCUCGUUGCACUUUCCCAGUGGUGCUUCCCCGGUCGUCUCGAAAAUGGUAAUCUACACGGGCGUGAACGUGCUUGACAGCCGACCACCUCCGCUGCCCCUGUCCUGUUACCAGCAGCAGCUGUAUCUAGGGGCAGCCACCGUGUUGCGCAGCGCGCAUGGUACACGGGGGCUGCGGUUGCAGCUGUAUAGUGAAGGGUCGAUCCGGUCCCUAGAACCGAGGAAGCAGUGCCUAACGCGAGAAAUUAUAUUUGGCGAUAGCUGUCAGGAUGUAGCCACCAAUCUUGGUGCACCGUCAAGGGUAUUUUUUAAAAGUGAAGAUAAGAUGAAAAUUCAUUCCCCGAGCGCCCACCGACGUGUUCAGACUAAGCGGAGUGACUUCUUCUACAACUACUUUACCCUCGGCAUCGACGUACUGUUCGAUGCGCGCACGCACAAAACGAAGAAGAUCAUAAUGCACACAAACUACCCUGGUCAUUACAACUUUAACACGUAUCAUCGGUGUGAGUUCCACCUAGAAUUAGCUGCGGAUAAAGUCAUCGAAGACGUACCACUUGAUGCACCGGUUAUGAUAACGGCCUACUCCAAAUGGGACGAAGUGGCGACUCGGUUGACCCCGUCAGAACGACCCGUGGUGCUUCAUAGAGCCGGUUCGACCAACACGGCAAAUGUAUUUGGGUCUACGUUCUGCUACGGGUAUCAGGAUAUCAUCUUCGAGGUGAUGCCGAACAACUAUAUUGCCUCAAUAACACUCUACCAAUCAGCGACACCAUUUCACGUGGCCGAUUGGAACGCAACCACUGGUAAAAGUAGCACCGGUAGCACUAGUAGCACUGCCAGCACGGCGCCGAGCAGUAGCAGCGAUCUAAAAGCAGCGCUGCAAGACGCAAAACCAUCGCAGUCCAAGAUUCGAGUCACUGCAUGACGCACGACUACAGCCGGUCGGAGCAGAGAAACGACCGGCGACAAUAAGCGAAAUUCCUUAUUGUAGGGAAUGAGCCUCGAAACAACAUCAACCUGUUGCUGUAAGUUGUACAUCGUUGUUCAUGCAUCCGCUCCGCUCCAUGCUAAGCAUCACCGCCAAUUAGUAAAUCAUCUUAAAACAUCAUCCCUUCGGUAAAACUUAAAAAAAGGCGAAUUCAAUCGAAAGCAACAACAAGGGCAUAUUAUUAAAAACGUGUAUUUAAAUCCCUUCAAAUUGCAUUGCACAUUACGCAAGCCAUGCUCCUCUUCCUUUGGGAUUGUUUUUCGUUGCCCUCGGGUGAAGGAAGGUAGUGUCGAACUGUUUCAAUUGUUUUGCUAUGUUUAUUUUUCGAUAGUUAUUGGUUACAUCUCUCUCUUUUAUUUUCUUACAAAAACCGAUAGACAUAUAUAUGAUGGUUAGGAUAAUAGCAAUUUAAUUAUAAGUUUCGAAUGGUUAAUGUUAAGCCGACUGCAACUUUGACAUUUUUCGUUGCUGCUAUUCUUUGGGAUGUUUAGUCGCGAUAUAUGCGUUUGUGGCAUUGGCAAGAACUCUAACGAUAGGCAGGAGGAUCUGCAAGCGGAUCUAGUUGAUUACUAAUUCCAAUUUAUCGAAUAGCUUUAAGACGCGUUGCUGCUUAACACAACAACAACUUUGGAACUUCAAAAGAUGGAAAGCAUAUAAGGUAAGGGUGAUAAAACGAAAGAGAUAACGCAAAAAAAGGAUAAGAAUGAACACAGAUCAUUAACUAAGCUACCAAAAACUGUACGUAAGCAAUGUAAAAUAUGUUUCUAGUGCAGACUUACAUAAUGGCGUAGAUGGACACCGUUUGUGGGAAACCCUGAAGUUCACCAGAGCUGGCUUGUGAAUAGCUUCUCAUAAAUCCCAUCGGCAACGUAGACUGUGGUCAACCCACACUCGCACUGUCCACCACCUUAUGGCAGUACGGGCGAGAAACUUUAGAAAGAAAAAACGAGGAACC